UUUGUGAAUUGUGCUCGCUGUGAAGAAGAACAAAAUCUAGUUACCAUACAGUAUCGAGGCAAAAUUUACUACCGUGCUUGCGAGGAUAUCCAGAAGAACAAAGAACUAUUAACAUACUACGGAUCCGAAGAUACCGGCCCAUGGAAAAUAGGCGUAAGCAAAGUAAUGAACUUUGCUAUGGAUUUAAUUCUUGAAAAAGACCCAUCCUCGUGCAAGGAUAAUGGCAUCGAUUUACUCCCAGGUGACAAGCUGUCUGAUUUAGAAUAUGCAGACGACAUUGUGCUGCUAAGCGAAAAUCCAGCUAAGUUGCAAUCUUUUCUAGAAAGUUUCAGUGCUAGCGUAGCCAUGUUCGGUAUGCGUUUUCAACCUUCAAAGUGCAAACUUUUACUUCGAGACUGGGUCGGUCCAGCACCUCAGUGA